AUAGAGAAGUGAGUCCGUGAUGAGUCUGUGAACGAUACUGCUCUCAGCAUACCCGAGGAGGAAGUCACACACACAGGUAGAUAGUAAUAUCACACUGUGGUUAUCAGUUGUUUUAUUCUGUCUACUGAGGGCCAACAUGUCUAUCGAUGGGACUAAAUUACUGUUUGAAGGCUUCCUGCAGAAAAGAAAAGACACUAUGAAAAUAAGAUGGGUCACGUAUUGGUUCAGGCUUCAAAAUACAACCUUGUUCUUCUACACACGGAAGAAUGGCAGCGCUUCACACUUACGAGGCCAUUACUACAUUUACACAGUGCAGUCGGUGCGAGAGGUCCAGAGAGUCGACAGCAAGCGCUUCAUGUUUGAGAUCAUCAUGACAAAUGGAAAGAGGAAAGUGUUGGCAGCAGAGACAGAAGCUCUCAGAAAGGAGUGGGUAGGAUGUCUAUGGCAAGCCAUGAAUCUUUCUACCUCCGUGGUUUCAGGCAGAAGCACACACCAUGAAGUGUGUGAGCAGCGAGAGAGAAUAAACAGCAGCUUACCCGCCUGCUCACGCACCGACAGCGUGAUGGAGUCGCUGCCUGCUCGGCCCCUCUCGGCCCCCCCGACAGGCCACAUGAUCCACCAUGAGAUGAGGAGCAUCGCCUCCCCUGGCUGCCUGUCUGAGGAGCCGGACCGUGAGGAGGCCACGUACCAUAACACACCUCCAGCCUGGAGCUCCCAGCAUCACAACAGUCUCAGCAGUCCACCGUGGUCCAGCGGGUCGAGCAAUGCAGAGGGCACACAAGAAGGAGACUAUGACAUUUUACCACUUAGAAGCAAGGUACGAGAGAUCAACACUUCACCAGAGAUGGACGAGGGCGUGUAUGACGUUCCUCUCUCGUACAGGAGGACUGCUGAACAUCCCAGACCCACAGAGAGCAUCUAUGAUGUGCCGAGCGCUCUUAUGAGGAGGAUGCCUGGUCACACUUUAGAGGAGCAGCCGGAGGACGGAGUCUACUGGAUGAUAUGAGGUUCGGUUUGAGGACACCAGUGAUUAAAAAGGAGGGCAGCAGCACCCCGUCGGACUCAGAAGACUGUUGCUGCCUGAUAAUCUACAGCUUUGUGUUGAAUUAUUUUACUGUUUUUUUCUGAAACAAACUGUAUUUUUGCAACAGAUAGAGACUUUCGUAUGCUAGUAAACAAUGCAAAACAAAUAGGUUCACCUGUGGUGUUUAUUUUAGCUUCUUCUAUACAAGACCAAGAACAACAUUUAUAACUACAGACGCAUUUCAACGCACUGUGAGUCAGUCACACCAUGGUUCACACUUACAUGUCACCUGCUUCACAGUUUUAAAAGUAUACACCACCGACCAUAUUGCUGUAUUACACACUUUGGACUGGUUUGAAUGGGAAUGGUUUGAGCUUAAUGGAGUACAAAAACUUGCUGCAGGUA